CGGGCAGCCGAGUUUACCGGCAGCCGGCUUGGGCCCCUGCCCCUCGGCUUCGUGCCUCGGGCGCCGGGCGGCCGGCGAGUCUGGAGUCCGCGCAGUCUCCUGCCGCGUCCUCCGGGCAUGGAAGGAGGCGGCAAGCCCAACUCCUCGUCUAACAGCCGGGACGAUGGCAACAGCGUCUUCCCCUCCAAGGCGCCCGCGACGGGCGCGGGGCCCGCCGUGGCCGACAAGCGCCUGGCCACCCCGCCUGGGGGUGGAGGGGCCGGCUCGAAGGAGCACGGCAACUCCGUGUGCUUCAAGGUGGACGGCGGCGGCGGAGGCGAGGAGCCGGCGGGGAGCUUCGAGGACGCCGAGGGACCUCGUCGGCAGUAUGGCUUCAUGCAGAGGCAGUUCACCUCCAUGCUGCAGCCUGGGGUCAACAAAUUCUCCCUCCGAAUGUUUGGCAGCCAGAAGGCGGUGGAGAAGGAGCAGGAAAGGGUUAAAACUGCAGGCUUCUGGAUUAUCCACCCUUACAGUGAUUUCAGGUUUUAUUGGGAUUUAAUAAUGCUUAUCAUGAUGGUUGGAAAUCUGGUCAUCAUACCAGUUGGAAUCACAUUCUUUACAGAGCAAACAACAACACCAUGGAUUAUUUUCAAUGUGGCAUCAGAUACCAUUUUCCUGUUGGACUUGAUCAUGAAUUUUAGGACUGGGACUGUCAAUGAAGACAGUUCUGAAAUCAUCCUGGACCCUAAAGUGAUCAAGAUGAAUUAUUUAAAAAGCUGGUUUGUGGUUGACUUCAUCUCAUCAAUCCCAGUGGAUUAUAUCUUCCUUAUUGUAGAAAAAGGGAUGGAUUCAGAAGUUUACAAGACAGCCAGGGCACUGCGCAUUGUGAGGUUUACAAAAAUUCUCAGUCUCUUGCGCUUAUUGCGACUUUCAAGGUUAAUUAGAUACAUACAUCAGUGGGAAGAGAUAUUCCACAUGACAUAUGAUCUCGCCAGUGCAGUGGUGAGAAUAUUUAAUCUCAUCGGCAUGAUGCUGCUCUUGUGUCACUGGGAUGGCUGUCUUCAAUUCUUGGUACCACUUCUUCAGGAUUUCCCACCAGAUUGUUGGGUGUCUCUAAAUAAAAUGGUUAAUGAUUCUUGGGGAAAACAGUAUUCAUAUGCACUCUUCAAAGCUAUGAGCCACAUGCUAUGCAUUGGGUAUGGAGCCCAAGCCCCAGUCAGCAUGUCAGACCUCUGGAUCACCAUGCUGAGCAUGAUUGUAGGGGCCACCUGUUACGCCAUGUUUGUUGGUCAUGCCACGGCAUUAAUCCAGUCUUUGGAUUCUUCAAGGAGGCAGUAUCAAGAGAAGUAUAAGCAAGUGGAACAAUACAUGUCCUUCCAUAAAUUACCAGCAGAUAUGCGUCAGAAGAUACAUGAUUACUAUGAACACAGAUACCAAGGCAAAAUCUUUGAUGAAGAAAAUAUUCUCAAUGAACUUAAUGAUCCUCUGAGAGAGGAGAUAGUCAACUUCAACUGUCGAAAACUGGUGGCUACCAUGCCUCUUUUUGCCAAUGCGGAUCCUAAUUUCGUGACUGCCAUGCUGAGCAAGUUGAGAUUUGAAGUGUUUCAACCAGGAGAUUAUAUCAUACGAGAAGGCGCCGUGGGUAAAAAAAUGUAUUUCAUUCAACAUGGUGUCGCUGGUGUCAUCACAAAAUCCAGUAAAGAAAUGAAGCUGACAGAUGGCUCUUACUUCGGAGAGAUUUGCUUGCUGACUAAGGGACGACGCACUGCCAGUGUUCGAGCUGAUACAUAUUGUCGUCUCUAUUCCCUUUCGGUGGACAAUUUCAAUGAGGUCCUGGAGGAAUAUCCAAUGAUGAGAAGAGCCUUUGAGACAGUGGCCAUUGACCGACUAGAUCGGAUAGGCAAGAAAAACUCCAUUCUUCUACAAAAGUUCCAGAAGGAUCUGAACACUGGUGUUUUCAACAAUCAGGAGAAUGAGAUCCUGAAGCAGAUUGUGAAACAUGACAGAGAGAUGGUGCAGGCAAUCGCUCCAAUCAAUUAUCCUCAAAUGACAGCCCUGAAUUCGACAUCUUCCACCACUACCCCAACAUCGCGCAUGAGGACACAAUCUCCACCGGUGUACACAGCGACUAGCCUGUCUCACAGCAACCUGCAUUCCUCGAGUCCCAGCACACAGACACCCCAACCAUCGGCCAUUCUCUCACCAUGCUCCUACACCACUGCGGUCUGCAGCCCUCCUGUACAGAGCCCGCUGACCACGCGAACUUUCCACUAUGCCUCCCCCACUGCUUCCCAGUUGUCACUCAUGCAGCAGCAGCAACAGCAGCAGCAGCAGCAGCUGCAGCAGUCCCAGGCUCCGCAGACUCAGCCACAGCAGCAGCAGCCACCACAACAGCCACAGACACCCAGCAGCUCCACACCGAAAAACGAAGUGCACAAGAGCACGCAGGCGCUUCAUAACACCAACCUGACCCGAGAAGUCAGGCCCCUUUCGGCCUCGCAGCCCUCGCUGCCCCAUGAGGUGUCCACUCUGAUCUCCAGACCUCAUCCCACUGUGGGCGAGUCCCUGGCCUCCAUCCCCCAACCGGUGGCAGCCGUCCAUGGCACAAGCCUUCAGGCAGGGGGCAGGGGCACAGUCCCUCAGCGAGUCACCCUCUUCCGACAAAUGUCUUCGGGAGCCAUUCCCCCCAAUCGAGGAGUCCCUCCUGCACCCCCUCCACCAGCAACCGCUCUUCAGAGGGAGCCUUCCUCAGUCUUAAACACAGACCCAGAUGCAGAAAAGCCACGAUUUGCUUCAAAUUUAUGAUCCCUGCUAAUUGUCAAAGCAGAAAGAAAUACUCUAAUAAACUGAGAGUAUUCUCAGAUCUUAUUUUAUUCUAUCUCCUGAUAGAUCCCUAUAGCCUACUAUGAAGAGAUAUUUUAGACAGCUAUGGCCUACAUGCAAAAUGUAAAAACAUAUAUACAUAUACUAUUAAAUAUAUAUCUAAAUUCCCAAGAGAAGUUCAAAAGAACUGUUUAGCAUUCAGUGUUAUAUGUCUUCCUUUCUUUAAAUCAUUAAAAGAUUUAAAAUGUUGUUGUAAGAUUAUUUCUUUCUAAUGUACUUUUACUUAAUUCUUUGGGUAUAUGCAUUUCUCUAUUUUAUGAAGAGUUCUUGGAUUCAAUGGGAACAAAACUAUUGAUUUUAAAAACGCAACUCAAAUGAGCUCUGGAAUAGCACCAAUCAAAAUUUUUAUUCAUUAGUUGUGUCUCUGCAUCUAAAUUUUCAAUCAUUAAUUAUGGGGGAUUAAAUAAUAAAUCCCAUUUUAUAGAUCUAAAUUGUAAUUUGGUGCUUUCAAUUUUGAAUUAGAAAAAGAACACAUUAUAUGCUUGGCCAUUGUAGGAGACUAGCAUUGCCACUGUUAAAAGACUGCCUCUAAUCUCAAACAUGUUCAUUGGUCUUUCAGAAAGCUGAGGGAAUAUUUCUCUUCAUGUGUUAUUGGACUUUUACCAAGACUCAAUCAAUGUUAAGCUGUAAAUAUUUUUUUGAACCCAAAUAAAAAUAGCUAUUCUGUGUUGUAUGAAGGUAAAAGUCAUUGUUUAAGGAUUUAGUUUUAUUGCUUCACUUCAAAACUUAGAGUUUUAAAUUUUACAAAACCGAAUUGUGACAAUUAUUCAAUUGUAAUGCAAUGGCUUGAAACCUACAAUAUUAUUUUAACCUGCAACGUUUUAUGCAAAAUGUAUGCUCGAAUCUACAAAUUGCUUGUAUUACACCAAAAAUCAUUACUUUUCUUCCUUCUUGCCAUGAUCAAGCAUCUGAAAAUAGUCCCUGCAUGCUUUUGGGGGGGGAAAUAAUAUGUUCAAAUCAUUCAUUGUAAGGGAAGGCUUACAGUAUUUCUCAUUUCUAGAAAAAUAUAAAAAUUCAUUAAUUGCCUAUCUUAAAAUUCUUGUAAGGCUGACUUGGAUUUCUGACUUAAGUCUAGAAGUGAGGUUUUUCAUUUUCAUUUAAUAUUAUUGCUAUUAUUAUUAUUAUUAUUAUUAUUAUUAUUAUUUAAGUAAUUAUUUGUAAACCACAGCUUAAUUUGGAGUUGAGAGUGUGUUCUAUGUCUUCACUGUAGUUGGUAGUUCACUGUGGUGUUAAUUUAAAGAAAUAAAUACAAUAUAUCAUCAUGUCUGUUUGGGAAUACACAUUUUGCUCUAUGUAUAUUGUAACUAAGUGGUUAGUAAAUCUUAAGGCAUGUGGUGACUAACAUAGACCUUAGAUAGGAAGCUCAUUAUUUCAAAUGUGCUGAAAACAGUAUGUACCUGGUGACAGAAAGCUGGGGUAAAGUUGAAUGUCUGUAAGCAUUGUUUGUUUGUUCGUUCAUUUGUUUCCUUAAUUCUUUCCAUGAUCUGUGAGCAUCUGCUUCUCCUCAAAGAAGUCCCUUAGUAAUCAUUUGUGCCUAAUGCAUCACAAAAAAUGUGGUGGAUGACUGGAAUGCUAUGGAAAGAUUCCUAAUGUCCAACUUCUGCAAAUAACCCAAAUAACGAAAAUGACCUAAAGUGGAGAACUUCAGUAUCUCUGACGCUUACGGCACAUUGAAGAAGAACUUAAAAAGAUCACACAUUAUCUGGGACAGGGCCUCAAGACUGAGGACAGAAAGCAAAAGUGGAUCCAUGCUGCCUGUUAUGCCUUUUAUGGAUAUAAUACUUAUAAUACCAAAAUGAGAUAUUAUGUUUAAUUUCUAACAGAUCCAAACUCAUGUGGAAGUGAUCAACAAUGCUAGUCAAUAUAUUAUCAUUAAUAUGCUGGUGACAAAUGAUGGUAUGUCAGGAAUGGCCUGAGAAAUGAAUUGUUCAGCCUACCUAGAAUCUAUGGGAAAGCUGCAAGAUCAUUUAAGUAUCAGUACAAAACUCCUUUAUUUCAUUAAAAUAUGAGAAUUAAUUUCAAUUUAUUAAGAUCAUGCAUUGCUCCUUUAAAUUGUUAAAGGUUUUACAUUUGAUAGAAUUAAUGGGUUUGGUAGUGAAAUAUUUUUAUAUAUAUGAAUUUUUGGUUUUUUAUUUUGAGCACUAUUGGGAAUCAUAAGCAAAAUUGAAUUGCAUGGUCUUUCAGUGCAACCAUACAAUUUUUAUUCACUUUAUAAUAGAAUGGGAAAAAAACCCUAAGGUUUAUAUGCUAACCUAAACAAGGUACAGGGUAAAUUAUAUACAUAUAUAUGUAUGAAUGUAUAUAUACUUAGGUUAAGAAAAAAAUUGACUCACAUUUCUGUAAUAUAAAGGUUCAUUGCUAGUUGACAGUGACCUCUUUUUCUCUGUACAUAGUUAAGCCCACAAGUAUGGAGUUUUAAUCUGUACAGAAAGAAAUGUAUUAUUGAAAAGAUUGGCCUUUUUGCUGCUGGGAAGAUAGUAACAUAGCUGAUUCCUACAACAACUGUAUGAUCAGGGAUGAGUUAGAGUAUUUCUUUUGUCUUUGCUCAAAGCCAUACAUAUAUAAAUAUAUAUAAAGAUUAUUAAUAAAUUCAACAGAAAAUAAACUAAAAUCAUGAAUAUUUUAUUUUAUCAGUAUCCUCUAAUCAAAUGUUUUGUUUUAUUAAUGAGUACAAAUUUGCCUCUGUCUUCCUUUAUUUAUAUCAUAUGAUUGCCAAGAGGGCUUCUAGUUGAGAAUCAUCAUAAGAUUAAUUAUGGAUGUUCUAUAACUGUUGAAUGAAAGGAAUUUCAAUAGAACUUACAUUUCCCAACUAUCCUUUGAUUUUACUCUGCCACAUAGUAAAAUAUUAGUUUUUAAAAAUAUUUUUUUUUGUUCUGUACUGCCUUAGCAUGCGGUUGUUGUCUAAUCUGAAAUAUCUAUUUUUUGUUAUUGGAUAUGAGGAUGAGAGAUAAUUGUCAUGUAAUAUACAUAUUCACAACUAUUUUGUUACAUGUUUUAGGCUUGCAAAGGCUUUUGGAUAGUGGUAGAAUUUUUUCAUACAGUAGAUUUUUAAUCAGACCUAAAAGCCCAAGAAUAAGAUUUUCAUGAUGAAGAUAAAUAGCAAAGCAUACCUGAAGACAAUAAGAAUGAUAUAAUUGGCAACAGAUUCUAAUUAUUAAAUACAUAGCACUUCUCCAGGUCUCCAUGACCGUCUCUCCAUAAGCAAAUGAUUCCCUGAUGAAUGAUGUUCCACUUUAAAAAGAUGGUUAUUUUGCAUUUUUAUGGACUUAAAUGAGCAUUAAUAUUUUCAGAAUACUAUAAAGUAUACAAUCAAGUUAUUCUGAUAACUCCUACAGGACAUGGACCACUUAAAAAUGUGACGAAUCUAAAAAUUUAAAUGUAUUAUUUCAAGACCUGAAUCAUUUAUACUUCAAUGUAUAAAUGAUCUCAAUUAUCUUCAGUAUUAUUUUAAAUAUCUCCAGAACUUCUCUUUUCAACUUAGGUUUUUGUAUUUGAUAAUUAUUGGUUUGUACCUAUGGAGCUAACUUUGAUUAGUUAUUAUAUUAAGUGACAUCAAUUAGAUUUCUUUCCCUAUUACCUCCAUCAUUUUAGAACAUUUGCCAUAAAACCAAUGUUAUUUUGUUCAUAUGAACUACACUUAGCAAAGUUUUAUUACAUGCUAGGCUCACAUAAAAAACUAUUCAUGCUAUAACAUGAAUAGAAUAAUUGGAUGCUGAACUAAAUUUUGAGUUCUGAAAAGAAUGGUCAGAAAUUCCAGGAAGUAUGAUUGGUGGCAUGCACCAAAUUGUAGCUCAGUUCUAUAACUUUAUUCAAUAUAUUCUGUUUGCAAAAAGAGGCUGGAGAUUUUCCUGAAAGUGUUCACUGGUGUAUUCCAGAUUACCUGCUACUGUCCUGUGAAAAUACUAACUUUCAAAGCAAUUUUAUUUUUAUUUUUAAAAUUUAUUUAUUUAUUUAUUCUAAUCAAGUAUGCAUGACAGUAGAAAGCUCUUCAAUUCAUUGUACACACAUGGAGCAGAAUUUUUCAUUGCUCUGGUUUUGCAAGAAGGAGAGUCACACCAUUUGUGCAAUCAUAAAUGUACCUAGGGUAAUGAUGUCCAUCUCAUUCCACCUGUUUUCCUAUACCUUUACCCCCUCCCUCCUCCCAUUUGCUCAUCCAAAGUUCCUCCACUUGUCCCAUGCUCCCUCCCCCAUUGAAUUAGCGUCCACUUAACAGAGAAAACAUUUGGCCCCUGGUUUGUUGAGAUUGGCUUAUUUUGCUUAGCUUGAUAUUCUCCAACUCUAUCCAUUUACCUACAAAUGCCAUAAUUUUAUUCUCUUUU